AUGUCUGAUUUCAAUAUGUCUCAGGGUCCUGUUUUGGCAGCCGAUGGCAGCCAGGUGCGACGUUUGAGUGGCAAGCAGAAGCCACCGCCAGGCCUGGGUGAAGCUGAUGAACCCAUCCAGCAGAGGUUUCCAGACUUUCCAGCAAACAGAGAGAAACGAGUUUCGUUUGAUCUUCCAAAGAAUCAACCCAUACCAGAAAGUCUCCCAGUUGAAGGGGGUCAACAUCUCGAUAAGAAUCCACAUGAUGUUCCAUAUUCGCCCAGCCUUGCACCCAGUUCUCCAAAGGCGUUGGACGAGCCAGAAAUCAUCCAUGACAUGGAAGUAGACGACUCUGCUGACGGAAUGGUAGACCUAAGUGAAUUUACAGCUGCUGGAGGCGAACCUACAGCCACGGAAGCUAUGGAGUUAGAUUUGGUAACAGCCUUGGAUAACUUUGAGCUUUCGUAUUUAGAAGAGCGUCACAUUGGCAUGUUGCAAUCGGUUUAUCAGAUCCGCGGAGUGAAACCCAAGAGCAGCAAGGCAAACCUUUGUGGGGAAGAAAUUUUACUUUUGUUUCCUGGAUAUGUCAUCAGUGACGCCAAUGGCCAAUAUCUCGACAAAGACCUUGCAUAUGCAGGGAUGCGCACUGAAAUCGAUUCCAUGACCAGUCAGAAGGUUGGCAGACCAAUCCAUGAGCAGGAAGCCCAGCGUCUUGCCAAGCAAUGGCAGAUUAGUAUAAUCACUUGCCGAUGGGUUUGUGUUGAGAAAGAUCCCUUGAAUGUUCGCAUGCGACUAGUUGCACGGGAAAUGGCAAAAGGAAAGAGUUCUGCCCGUGACCUCAUGGUUUCUUCGCCUACUUCCAGAAUUGAAUCUUUGAGAAUCCUCAUUGCAGAAGCAGCAGUCCUGGACCUGGUGAUUCUAGGCCUGGACAUCAGUGCUGCAUUCAUGGCUUCUCCGCUAGGCCGGUAUUUGCAGUUGCCGUUCAAGACCAUUUGGCCCUACACCUAA